AUGCUGCGAACGCGAAGGACGAUAAGCCAGCGAAUAAUAAUAAAAAGACACUCUUAUGUAUCGGCCUGUCAAAAGUCGCGUGGAUUGGAGUACUUGUUAGUUCAGGAUGCGGUAUGGAACGAAAUAGCUAAAGGGGAGGAUGCCUUGGAAUUAACCCACGUAAAGACUGGUAUUAGCGCACAGCUGAAGGAAGAACGCUCAUUAGAUCGUCACCGAGGUGGAAAAGAUGCUAUGUUACUAUUUUUGCCGACUGGGGGCCGUGACACUCGACAAAAUCGUCUCAACGGGUCACACAAAAAGUUGAAUACUUUUCCUAGCUUUGCCUUGUUGCCGGGGUCCGUAGCGAGUGAAAUGCCAUAUUUUGUCAUAGAUCCCAGAGUCGUGGCGAAGGCGACUAGCGACGGAAAAGCAGCGUUGCGUGCGACACACGAGGCCCAUAAACUGCGUCGUGCGAGAGGGAACAGACUUGAUGGCUUCCUCUUCGUCCACAAGAACGAAACUUGUAGAAAAGCAAUGAAGGUGCAAGAAAAGGUGGACGAAAACCUUAAUGCAUCCGUUUUCAAAAGAAACACGGCUACGAAAGGAAUAUUACGCCCUGCAUUACCUAACGUCCGGGAGCGAAGUCGCAACUCUGCAGCCGACAGCACAGUAUCGCUCAAAAUUACGGGGCUCGACACGAUGGAAGACACUCUCGAAAAUACACUAAACGGCGCUGUGAAAGGGUCGAAAGUUACCUAA